GUUCUUUUAGGCUGAUAAGAGCAAGUAUAAGGCCUGUUUCUUCUUCGUCUUCAUGCGUCAUGCUAUUUCACGUCGUCAUCACUUCCAAGCUCCACCAACCCCUCGCAAUGUUCAUCUUUCCUCCCUUCCCCCUCUCUCCCUUCUCCCUCCCUCCCCUUCCUUCUCCCAAAUCAUCCAGUCCCACGCUCAUCUGGUCUCCCUCGGCCUCGCCAACAGCCGCGCCGCUAUGGCCACCUCCUCGCCGCAUGCGCUAUUUCCCCUUUUCCACCUUCUUCCUACUUUCACUCCGUAUACCGCCAGAUAGAGCUUCCCAACGUCUUCGCUGCUAACAACCUCCUCCGAUGCCUCGCCAAAGGUGAAAACCCUCAUCAAACUCUCACCUUUUACAAAAAUAUGAGAAUCUCGGGCGUGCCCACCAACAAAUUCACUUUUCCUAUUCUCCUCCAUGCGUACACCAGAUAUCCAUCACCCUCGGAAGGUACUCAGGUCCAUGCCCAUGCGUUAAAGUUUGGUUUUUGUGAAGAUUUGUAUGUCAGAAACGCUUUGAUAAGCUUAUACGGCGCUUGCAGAUUAUUGUACGAAUCAAGAAAGGUUUUUGAUGAGUUCCCUAAUAGCCGAGAUGUGGUUUCCUGGAACGCAAUGUUAGUUGGGUAUGUAAGGAAUGAGCAGAUUUUUGUUGCGGAAUAUAUGUUUGAUCAAAUGCCUGAAAGAGAUGUGAUCUCGUGGAGCACCUUGAUCAUGGGUUAUGUACAAAAUGGAGAUUUAGAGAAAGGGCUUGUUUUGUUCAGUGAAAUGAUCAGGAAUGGAAGCGUGUCUGUAAAUGAGGCUACUUUGGUCACCGUUCUUUCUGGUUCGGCGCAGUUGGGCUUGCUUGAGCAUGGAACUUUUGUCCAUUCAAUUAUAAAGAAAGUGAAGUUUCCCCUUACAUUGGCGUUAGGGACUGCCCUUGGGGAUAUGUAUGCGAAGUGUGGUUGUAUAGAUCUCGCCAGAUAUGUGUUUUAUGAAUUGCCUAAAAGAGAUAUAUUUGCUUGGAAUGCUAUGAUUUGUGGUGUUGCUACUCAUGGGCAAGGGAAGGAAGCCCUUGAACUGUUUCAGAGAUCCAUUGAUGAAGGAUUUAAUCCCACAGCAGUGACUUUUGUUGGCAUCCUGAAUGCAUGCAGCCGAGCUGGCUUAGUCAAUGAAGGUCGACAUUUCUUCAACUCAAUGGUGAGGGAUUAUGGCAUUGAGCCAGAGAUGGAGCAUUAUGGCUGUAUGGUUGAUCUAUUAGGUCGAGCAGGGCUUGUUCCUGAAGCUCUUGAAUUGAUUGAAGGUCAUGGAGGGACUACCGGGAAGCAGGAAGAGAAAGACGACGCCACAGAGGAGAUGGUGCCCGAGGUUUUCCCUGCGAUCCGCUCCCGUUUUCACAACUUCUCAUUUCCGACGAUGAACUGGGGUUGUCAACGAAUUCUCCGUUUUGUGAACUCCACUGAAAUGGGCGGCACGGCCGCUCGAUCAAUAACUCCAGAUACUCGGCCCCGACGAGAGAGAAAUGCUGCAUAUUCUCCUGUUAGUUAUCUUCCCAAGUCUCCUCAAGCAGGCGGGUUCAAGGAAAAGGAGGCAGAAGGUACAACGACGGGCGGGGUCGAGAAAAAGCUGGUUACGGAGCAAAUGAAUGCUUCUUCUGUCGCCGCUGAAGGGGCUGCUGUAGCGCCGGCCAUUCCAUGGAAUUUGAGGAAAAGAAAAGCUACUUGUUAUGCCCCACAGGAGAAAGGAAUAAAAAGUUAUCGUUGCUCAUCACCACCUAAGCCAACAUUUGGAAAGGAUGAUUCUGCAAAAGCGGUUAAGCGAGGAACGGUGGUUAGUGAAAAUGGUCAGCAAAGGAAAUAUUCUGUUUCCUUAUCUCGCGAGGAGAUAGAAAAAGACAUCUAUUACCUGUUCAAGGGGACGAAGCCUAGUGAAAGGCCUAAAAAGAGACCCAAAGCUGUGCAGAAGCAACUCGAUGCCCUUCUCCCUGGGUCAUUGCUAGCGGAAAUUACAAAAGAUAUGUAUAAAACAGUUAAAUGAGACGAUUCUUUCUUCUUGUUUCCGAUAUUUCAAUCACAAAUUUUAUAUAAAGAAGAAUAUGAUGUGAUUCUUCUUCAUAGAAGAGGCAAAAGGGGCCAGGUCAUGCAACAUUUAUACAACAGAGGCUUCAGAAGUUCUAAGAAGCUGACUGUCGGUAAUUAAUGCUUUCAUGUAGGUGAAUUGGGGGAUACCAAGGUUUGAAAAUAAAAAAUCUUAAAUUCUAAAGAAAGUAGAGCUUGUGGAUGGAGAUGGAGGCCCAAAAUAGUGUCCAGAAUAAACUUUGACAACACCAAACAAUGUGUAGCUUUUUUAAGUUUGAAAAUUUUUUUAUGGGAUCUAUAUGUUGAACUAGUGUAUGAAAUUUGUAGAGUUGAUAGAGAUGAGUGUUUAAGGUUUCAUUUGAAAUAGCUUUUGACUAUUCUUUUUUCACUGUUAUUAAGAUAUUUUUGUACUAGAAAGCUGCUUUAGGAAGAAGUAAGAAAUUAAAGCUGUU